CACAAUAUUAUUGCCCAUGCAUUCUCCAAUGGACUGUAAUAUAUCGCCUUGUUGACAUUUUUUUCAUGCCCACGGCCCUAGAUAGGCUUCUUGCCAGUCCAUCUGCGAUAAGGGCCCUCAGAAGCCUGGUCGCUAACUCUGAGCUCCCGUCCAUAUCAUCACCUACCGCGCGCUGUUGCUUCUCCUCCUCCGCCUCCGCAUCCGUUCCCUCCUCCUCUUCAAACGGUGCCUCGAAAAAUGCCACCUUGAAAACCAAUAGGCUUGUGAAAGCCCUCCCUAAAUCUGGACCUUCGGGUGCUGUUCUGAUCAGACAUGUGCCGAGCCAGCAAGGCCUGGUACAUGAACUUCAAAACUCGCUGUGGCCACGAAUAGAACUAAGAGAAGGAGUCGAGAGAGUCCAAUCAUUGGCAAGAACCAUACUCUACGUUGAGAGGGUCUAUGGCGCAAAUGGGAUACGUGUUUUCUGGACCCAGUUGGUACUCCGUGGUCACCAAUUGCCUACUACCGAUACUCCAGAGUCCAAAGUUUUAUGGACGACCCUUUUGAGGAACCCGCAUCUAGUCGAACCGGUCAUUGAUCAUGCUGCUCAUAUAUUAAGCGCAACAGGUAACAUAUAUCCACAUCUCUACCUGAGUUGCAUGUUACAUUGGCUUCCACAAGCGUCCAACUUAGCAUUAGAUUAUCAUCAUCGGAUGCUGGUAAAGUUACAUAUAAGAAGGCUUCCUCUACUCGAGCUGUUAGGCGAAGGUGUGGGCCAUAAUUUGGGAGCUCUCAAAGCUUUAAUGCUCAUUUACAAAACGAGCAACGAGCGGAACAUCUAUGAUGCGAUCGUUCCUUUCCUUUGCGACAGAGGCCAAAUAUGGCUCGCUCAUCGGUGGCACGUGUCUUGCACGCAGCGUGGAGACCUUCCUUCGGAAUCUACACUCUUACAUCCGAUUGUCCGACUUUUCUUCACGGGUUUUCCACCAAAAGAUCAGGUGGAAUCAGGUGACCAUGUCAUCGAAAAGAGAGGGAGUUCCCAUAACCAACUAGAAGAUGGACGGAUUGGCAAUCCCGUUUACGACCAGGACUUGCUUCGCCGCCUAGCGGGUCGCAAGACAGCGCACGUUCGGUUCGACGAUGCUUUCUGUGCCAGACUUUUCGCCACGAGAGCUUUCACACCGGCAUCGAUCAUUCAGGGUCUGGUCAUGCUCGGAGUCAACGAGAUCGGGCCCCAGGCGGUCCGUAUGCUGGGAUUAAGAGCUGAAUCUUUAGAAGAGCUUCACAACUCUCUCUCGGGCCUCAAACAGGCUGGGAUCGCUCUGAAAGGGUGUGUGUUCUCGCUAGCAGUCGAGAAAUUUACGAUGGACGGUCGAUAUGAGUUGGUCAAAAGCAUUCUCGAUAGCGACCAACAUCCCGAUGUGUAUGACGACAGAGACAUGCAAAAGAAGUUGUUGGACUUCUAUUUAGAGCAGAAAGACUGGACACAAACUCACCGUACACUUGCGAUCCUCAGCCUUUUCCACAAUGAUUCCAAUGCUGAGUCUUGGAACCUCGUCCUACAAGCUCGCAUCAGACAGCGCGAUCCGUCCGAAAUCAUGCGGAUCUUGCAAGACAUGCAAGCAAAAGAGCUUGCGCUCUCACGAGAAUCCUUCAUGGCGAUUAGGGACAUACUACGACCAAGGUCCAUAGGAAAGCGACCCAAGCUUCUGCAGCAAUAUCCUUUCGACGAUCUGCGCCUUGUCGCGAGUAUUUACAUAGUGAUGAAUGAGUACGGCAUGGUAAAUAUACACCCUCGAUCCUGGACAGAAGUGCUGCGCCGCUUUGGAAAACUUCAGCGCAUGAAAGAACUUAGACGACUCGUUCUCUGGCUUCUGUCAUGGUACGCUCCCCGUAACGAUUUACGAUUCGCCUCCUUGUCGAGGCCGGCCAAUUUUGAUGCCGCCCAUGAAAAGCUACUCCGGGUCAAUCCUAGGCAUUAUUAUCGCAAAUCGUUCAUACCGCAAUCACUGGACCACCCCUCGCACCCGAUUGGGCAGCUAUUCCCCAAAAGUUUUCAGCAAGCCAUCGUCACGUGGGGAUUCCGUGCUGGACUGCUAUCCAAUGCAACCCUGGAGCAAGGAUUGUUUUCUACGAACGCUGCAAAGAGACAGUAUCGACGAAGAUUUCUGCGUCGGGGCGUCAUGAGCCGCUCCGAUUGGAGCAUCGGGCUGAAAUUGCUCGUAGAGCUGCGCGACCUCGGUGUUCCUGUGCACGUCGAUACAGUAGUCAAAGCACUGCAGAUGCAAUUUAUCAACUUGUUCGGUCGCGGACACUCAAACGUGAAGGCCAACAGGAUAAUGGCGCUGGCUAAUACCAAGGCAUACGACGACUAUGUUCGAGAAGUCAAUGAGAUCUGGGGUGGGCCUCUGUUUUGUGAGACUCGGCUCCUCGAUGAAACUACUGAACGUCGACUGUCAUGGCAUCCGCGCCUUUCGCGUGAGGCGAGUUGGCAUCUUUUCAAGAGUUUGGGGAAGACCUGGGCUGUUAGCGGGCAUGACAAGGCUAUAGAGGCCGUCGAUAAGUCUGAUCUCGAACUUAUAGUGUAUAAAAGUAGCGUCUAGUUUCUGUAAUGGUUACCCUUAAGAUAGCAAAAGCUGUACGUUUAAACA